CGCCGCCGCCGCGCUCGCCUCCGCUGCCUCCUCCCCCGAGGAUGCACCCGGACGUGUGCUGAUGUGUCCCAUGGCACGUACAAAAUGGUGGCCAUGUGGCCUGGUGGCCACACUGCUCUAACUUCAUCAUCUGCAGAAGGGGAAAACACAACACUGAGCAAGUCUCAUCAAGAAAAGGUGAUGUCUGCUUCUCAGCUUCAGGAAAGGGUCUGGGAAAGAAACCCGAAGUCGUGAGUCUGGUGGAGCCCUGAGCGUUUCCAAACGCCCUGCUCUGAGUUCAUCCCACCAGUCAGUCUGUGCAGCGUGAGAACUGCUGUUGCAAAACUACCAGAUUCAACCUCCUGGGGAGCCUUUCUGGCCAAGCUUGUUGUGGUCAGUUUUCAGUUCUCUCUUGCUCCUGGACCUUGUUCCAAAUUUGAUGUGCUCGAGAGGGAAGCAUGUUAGCAAAGGAGCUUGCCUGAAUGCUGAGUGCUUUGUAACUGUGAGUGCCUGAAUGCAUCAGCCUUUGGAUGUGAGCAUCUUCCCCUGAAACAGCCUUGUGAUAUCCAAGUGCCUGCUCUCUUGGGAGGUCCCUUGGAAGAGCCUGUCUGUUCGUCUGACUGGGUGUGUGACAGGACUGCCUUGCUUCCAGCUGAACCAUGUCCCACCCGUCCUGGCUGCCACCCAAGAGUACCAACGAGCCUCUUGGUCACAUUACUGCAAGGAUGGAGACCACACACACCUUUGGGACUCCCAGCAUCUCUGUGUCAACCCAGCAGACCCCAAAGAAGUUUGCACCUGUGGUUGCCCCCAAACCAAAGUACAACCCAUACAAGCAACCAGGAGGUGAUGGGGACUUCCUUCCUCCUCCGCCCCCUCCUGUGGAUGACCUUGGGAACAUCACAUCAUCACAAGGUGCCUUUCCCCCCCCACCCCCUCUGGAUGAUGUUACUUACAAUGUGCAGGUGAAGCCUGGUGGCAAGACGCUUGAGGAGAGGCGGUGCAGUUUAGAUGCAGAAAUCGACUCUCUGACCAGCAUCCUGGCCGACCUAGAGAGCAGCUCUCCAUACAAACCUCGGACUCAACAGGGUUCUGGGACCUCAAGCAGCUCCGCUGCCACCACCCCAUCCGUGUCCACUCCUGUCACUGGCCACAAGCGGAUGAUCAUCCCCAACCAGCCUCCCCUCACCGCCACCAAGAAGUCCACUGCCAAGGGCCCGGGGCAGCCAGCGCCCAUCCCGGUCACUCCCGUUGGCACCCUGAAGCCGCAGCCGGUGCCGGCCUCCUACGCCACGGCCUCCACGCCGAGCCGCCCGGCCUUCAACGUGCAGGUGAGGACGGCGCAGCCCAGCCCGCACUACCAGCCGCCCAGCCCGCAGCCCGGGCACUAUGGCAGCCUGGGGCCCGGCCAGCCCUAUGCCACCGCGCCGUCCCGCCAGCCCGCCGCCCCUCAGUAUGGAGCGCCACAGCCCCACGGGCCCAACUACGGCUACGGCCCUCCGGCCGGCCGGCCCGCCGAGCCCGCUUACGGAUACGCGCCUCCGCAGGGUCGCUACCAGGACCCCUACUACGGGGGGUACGGCGGCAGGAACGGCUCCGAAGCGCCCUACGUGCCUCAGAGCUCCUGGAAGGCCGAGCCGGCGUACCCUGUGAGUAAUGCCAUGGGCCAGGCUCCCCCUGGGCUCUACCAACCACCGGGCACGAAGAAGACCUACAUCACCGACCCGGUGCUGGCCCCGCAGGCGCCCACCCUGCAGCAGAAGAGUGGGUAUCCAAGCUCUGGACCUGCAUCAAGCACACCUGCCUUCAGGCCUGAGGAUGAGCUGGAACAUCUGACCAAGAAAAUGCUGUAUGACAUGGAGAAUCUUCCCUCUGAUGAGUACUUUGGACGCUGUGCCCGCUGCGGGGAGAAUGUCGUUGGAGAAGGCACUGGUUGUACAGCCAUGGACCAAGUCUUCCAUGUGGAGUGUUUCACCUGUAUAACAUGCAAGAGCAAGCUGAGGGGACAGCCUUUCUACGCUGUGGAGAAGAAAGCCUACUGUGAACCUUGCUACAUUAAAACUCUGGAGCAAUGCAGCGUCUGUGCAAAGCCCAUCAUGGAGAGGAUCCUCCGAGCCACUGGGAAGGCCUACCAUCCCCACUGCUUCACCUGUGUGAUGUGCCAUCGCAGCCUGGACGGGAUCCCCUUCACUGUGGAUGCUGGUGGCAACAUCCACUGCAUUGAGGAUUUCCAUAAGAAAUUUGCCCCAAGGUGUUCUGUGUGUAAGGAGCCCAUCAUGCCAGCCCCGGGACAAGAGGAGACCGUGCGCAUUGUUGCCCUGGAUCGCGACUUCCAUGUCCAGUGCUACCGGUGCGAGGACUGUGGUGGCCUCCUGUCUGAAGGGGACAAUCAGGGCUGUUACCCUCUGGACGGGCACAUCCUUUGCAAGACCUGCAACUCUGCUCGGAUCCAGGCUCUGACUGCCAAGGCCAGCACUGAUCUCUGAGGAUCAACUGUGACCCUCCCCAGGAUGCCCAUUGGGGGAUAUUGCACAAGCUUUGCAUGAUUUCUUUCCAGCCUAGGGUCUGAAACUCUGACAUUUAAAAAAAAAAAAAAAAAAAAAAAAAAAAAAAAAAAAAAAAAAGUAAAACUGGAAGGCCUUGGAGCAAGAGGGCAGUUCGAGAGGCCAUGUUCAGACUGCCCACGACAGGCACCUAAUUUAGACACAAGUGUUCAGGAGGGCAGUGAGUGAGUCAGAGCAGCUGCUCUCUCUGCAGCCAAUGGAGUUAAGGGUCACAGCACCUAAGUUAUCUGCCUGUAGGAGGUCUGAACAUGGUCCUUACUAUGCUUCUGUGUUUGAUUCCUGUUUCUUAAGAAGUACAUGAAGGUAGAGGGUGAAAGAUGGCUGAGGUUCCUGCCAAUGUAUUCUGAGAACCUGACCAACUCUCAUUGAAGUCAUGGGACAUCAAUGUCUGCUGGUGAUUUUAAUAGGAUCUGUGUCACCAGCAGAAGUAGCUCCACUGUCCUAGAAGGAGAGCAGACCCAGCAUUAACACAAACAGUGGAACUGCAACUGUACUGCACCUGAGUGUAGGUGUGAUCUUGUAUCCUUGGGACAGAUUAGUUAUUUCUUAGGCCCUUACUUGUCUCCACUCCCUUCCAGUUCAAUAGGAUUUUUCUUUUACUCAUGAAAGUCUACUUAGCUAUUGCAUAAAUUUAUUCAGUAGUGAUGCUUCCAAUUCACAAUGUAUGAGAAAUCACAGAAAGAUGUGAGCUUGCACACACUGUGCACUACAUACACACUACACACUACACACAAAACAUGCUUUUGAUUUACCAGAGGCAUAAGCCAGUCAUGUCCAUUGAGCAGAUCUUUAAGGGAUGUGGGGCUGGAAAUACAUUUCUAAAAUCCCAGUGGUUAAAAAAAAGAUAAAAAUGACUACACAGAGCUGCAGUGCAAAGCGAUGCUCAAAAAAAUCUUACGCCAUUCUCAUACAGCCCAUUCUAGUGGGACCACUGGCAAUGUUGGUCUCUGGGUAGACAUUCAAGCAAUAAAGUCUUACUCCAUCUCCUGUUAUUGCAAUGGGAGGAUUUUUCUUCAGCAGUAACAGGGAUUGAAUCAGGCUUUGGGAUGAUAAACAUUUCUUUGAUGUUAACACAUGUGAUCUGUAUUUUUCAAUAAAAAAAAAAAUCAGAUCUUGUUUCAACAGCAGCAAAAAAGAUCCUCCUAAAUACAUGUUCAGUUUUCAUCCUAAGAAAGCUAAAGAAAGUAUUAAGCCCUUCACUAUGCCUUUCCAGAAAGCAGGCAUAUUUUUUUUCUUCUUCCAUUUUCAUCCCAGCCACUUAUAACUUGCCUCUGGUGAAAUUCAUGGCAGUAGAAUGCUGGGCCAGCAAUAGCAUUUUCAUCUUCUGUCCAGAAUUAAUAUACAGGCCAAGGUAAAUAAAACCUGGGCAUAGGAAAUAAUUUUUUUUCAGAUGAAUGUGGGUAUGGGUUUUUUGUGGUUUUUUUUUAGUUUGGUUAAUUAAAAACAAAUCAAAAACUUAAAAAUCUAUGGCAUUCUGAGCAGCUAUAAUAGUCUUGUUCAUGAAACCCGUAAUAACUAAGGUGCAAAUUACAUAGUGAGGGAGUAAUUUUCAUAUCACUGAAUUGACAUUAAUAUCUUAUUUGCAGAUGUAAUCAAGGAAAAUACCUUUCUUUGCACUUAAAUUAAGAAGCAGAAUUGAAAUAGUUGCAGUCUGAUUGACCAUAUAAGUGACAAACUGGCACUUUUCAAGAGUAAGUUAUAAGAUUUUUAUUCAUGCAUCCCACUGAAAAACAGUAAGAAUGUGGUGAUUUCCUUUUUGUAUCAGGUUUCUGUUACAGAGAAUAAUUACAUCCACUAAUGCUGAAAAGAAAAGUUAGAUGAGCUGAACUGAUAGGAAACAAAGGAAAAAUUGUGAUGUGAUACUGCAGCUCCUGCAAAUGGUGCACUUCCUUUCACUUUAGCACUAACCUUUCUGGAAGAGCACUGUGAUACUCAGUAGCUUCAGCUGCCUGUGGUAAAUUCAAAUGCAGAAAUACCAGUCUGAAACCUCCAUUCCUUACAUGCUUUAUAUGUUGGCAAACUUUGCCAGUCAGGGAAGUUUCCCAAAAUUAACAGCUUGAAAUGAAUCCGUCUUUGUAGAAGGGUGGCAUCAUUGAGCAGAAGUUUUCCUUCGCCACCAUAGAGGCUGUGCUGAAGCAGUUUGACUUUUUAUACUGGAUUUCUACCCUGGCCAGCAAGAAUGUUACUGCCUCAGACAUAAACAGAUUUUUUGGCACCUUGGCUCCCACCAGGUUCCACCUGGGCUCCUGCUCCCUGAACCGUGGCAUGUAAGGUCCUUCUGAGCUCGCGUCUUGACAAGCAGUCUGUACCACCACCACUCCAAAAACCUUGCAAAUACUGAGCAAAUCUAGUUUGAACUAACCUUACAAAAACAAGGGAGGUCAGUGCUGGGAUACAAGCACAGGUGAUAAUGCCAUGCACUGAGGUGCAGAAUGGGCCGUUCAGCAGGCAGAAGAUGUAGCUCUGGUCUUCCUUACUUUUGUGAGUGUUAAAUCAAGUGGCUGAUGAGACUUUCUGAAUAACACUGGGGCAAUUGAUGGCAACCAGCAGCUGUGCCUUCCAGCACAGAAUGUGGCCUAGACUAAGGAGAGGACCCAAGUUCAGAGCCUUUGGGCUUUUUACAGCCCUGCCACAGGCUGAACUGGAGUGAGUCAUAUCACUCCUUGUUUUCUGCCCUCUGCAUGAGAGAGCUUCUUUGCAGUUUCCCAGAGACAUUAUGGGGAUUAAACUAAUCACAGACUAGCCCAAACUACUGAUUUCUGGUGCUCUAUUUUCUCUUUCCAGAAAAGUUUGCUGGUAUGUAGGCCUGGGAUUCCAGCUCAUUUCAAUGCAUGUGGCCAGGAGAUCCAGCUCUGAAUCCUCUGUUAUGAGAGUGCUGUGGUGAGGUGGGCUGGCAUGCAGGGAGGUGAGAGCCAAACUUUUGAAGCAUUAAAUACUUUAUGGAUGAAAUAUGAUUGACAAAGAUUGAACAGUGUUGAUGUUUGAGGUGCUGUGGCUGGUUUCUAGACCUGACACAUCUGUGCAAAGGUACUAUUGAUGGGGUUUUUUUUCACCCCUAGACACCAAAGCCAUCUGCCUGGAAGGAGUGAGUGUCCAAAAGCCUCGUCUUUAUUCUGUGGGGCUUUAUUUUUCAAAAUUGCUAUAAAUAUAUUUGAAAGAUCUUGUAUAUACAUCACAGAGGCUCUCAUCAUCCACAUGUAUAUGGUAAUCUCUCUGCUGAUGCUUCAGGAUUUAAUUAGGAAAUGCUGGUGGGAUUUAUCUCAAUUGCACUGCAAUUAAGAACCACUGGGAUAUGGCUUCAUCACAAUAUUUAUCACAUAUUUAUAAUAUAUCAUGUUUAUCUCUUCCAAAGAAGGAGUCUUUUUGCCAAAGAGACCUUGGUUUUUUAAAGUUGGACCUUCUUAGCCAUGACAAAAAUUCACAUCAUCUGGCUGUGGUAAUGUCCAAACUGUUCCUUUCAGAAAGAGUUGGAAGAUCACACAAACAUUUCUGUUCAAGUCUGCAGUUUCUGCUUAUGCUGCUUUGUCUUUGUCUAGCAUUUUUUGGCAAGUAGGGCCUGAUCCCAUGAUUUGUGUGGCCAGACAGGGCCCAGGAUCAGGUUCUAAUUUAGCAAAAUAUUUAAGUCCCUGGGGUUUGUUUAAGCACGGACUUAAAACCAUUGCAUGGUGUGACAUAAGCCAUUAAUACCAGACUGGUUCUUUAUCCCCUGAUCAUACAGGUUUGAUCCGGGUAGGAUGUGGGCACAGUCAAAUUUCUAUCAAAUUACCCAGAGCACAGGAAAUGGCUCCUGUGUCACCCUUACGCCAACUGUAGGAAAAUACCAUAGCUGAUCAAAUGUAGCAUUUAGAUGACAGGAGGCUGAGUUGUUACAAGGUGAGUGCUUUGUGUUGGGUGGCUGUGGCACCUUCCAUAUGUCACAAGUAGCCCUACAGCCAGAUUUACUGUAUCUUUGAGCAAUGGCUUUAAAACUGUCUACUUAAACUUUCUCCAGGAGACUGGGUUGCCUUGGUUACAGCCCAAUCCUUAAGCAUAUCCCCAAGGCUAACACUAGCAUUUUGUGAAUGUGAUGGUUUUAUUGUCACUUACUUUAUUCAUUGAACAUUGCUUUUAAAAACAGAAAGCCACAUCAAUUCUUUAGCCUAUCAGAUAACAAGCCUUUAAUUUUGGUUUUGGGAGGGGUGUUAAUAUUUUAAUUCUUAGAUUUUUAUCAUGGCUGCAAAACACUUGGGUAAUGACUUAAUCAUAGAGGUGUGGGAGUACCGAAGUGUUUAUCACUCUGCAUAACAGUGUUCAUCCUGAUAGCAGGAGCGAGACUUUAACAAAACACAGGCCUUAAGUUGAUUUUCUGCCUAUCAGCAAAAUGUGCCUGGGAAGAAUGAGAAAAAAGUGUCUUUAAAGAAAUGGUGGUUGUUAAAGAGAACACAUGACAAGUCUGUCUGAAAUCUCUUUGGACCUGUUAUGGCUGCUGCCUGGCUGUGGUUAACUCAAGCCUGGCUUAGUCAGGUUUUAUCAGCAUUUAUCAGUAUUGAUAAAUGCUGGUUCCUUUUGAUUUUGAGAAAGUCUGGAAGGCAAGGGAUAACAGGACCCAGGAGAAGGUUCUUGAGAGAAAUCCUGUGUCAAGGAUAGACACGUGGUGCUUGCGCUGAGUGUCUCCAAAAGGGUUUGAGCUGCUGACUGGUGUCUGUUGGUGUCUGGUUCCUGCAGUUGGGGCACAGUGUUGAUUUGCUGUUUGUUCAGCGGCCUGGGUGGACAACACCUCACACAGCUUCAGUACUGCAAGCUGGGACUGUUGGAGAGGGGGUGCUGAACCAUCCCAUGGUGGUGAAAUUCCCACGAGAAAACACCAGCGAGGGUAACUGAGGGUUUGUUGUGGAAGGAGGGCAGGAACUGCUUCAUAACCUAGAGGUUAGUAAAAUACAGACCAAGAAAGCUUUGAGAACACUAUUUCCACUUAAAUCUGGUUGCAAUUUUUACUCUAAAUUACGUGAUACCAGAAGGGCCAUUUUUUAAUGAGAAAGUCUCUCUUUUUGCAAUGUUACCCACAACAUUUUCAGGGGGUUGUUUUUUCUGUUAUGAUUAAAAUUAUACUGAAUUUUUAUCUAAAUAAAUUUCAGAAUUGUUAACAAAUAUUUUUAUUUCUCAAAGACCCAUGUCAUCUUUCACAGUUUUUUGUAGUUCUUGGGUUUCUUCUACUGGCAAAUUAAAGUUUCUGUUACCAUUUUGAAAAUUUCUUUGGAUAAAAAUUCUACUUAAAACCAAGCAGAUGUUCUUGGGAAAUGCUUCAAUAUUGGACCUGGAGAAAUAAAAAAAGCUUUGAAAUUUUUCACAAGAUAUUUUUUCCCUAUUUUUAACUAGUUUUGCUAAUUUUGAAGUCACUGUUUCCUUUGCUAGAAUAAUCCAAGUAAUGUGACUCUGAAAAUAACAGUGUUACUUCUAUUGCAUUCAUUUUUCUUAUCCAUCUUAAAGCCAUGGAGUGGCUGGCUAUGGGGACUGCCAGUGUCUUUUUCUGUGGCAACUUCAAAUUUCUUCUUUGUUUUUAUCUUGAGGUCUCUUUCUGUUUGGCUUUUUCCCCUGAAAUUACUGAAGACUAUAAGCUCAUUAUGGCAACUGCCAUGAAAAUCAAGAGAUACUGAUUGAACUUCAUCUCCUUUCUGGGCUUGGGAAUGGCAUUUUUCCUUAAACAUUUCUAGAAAUAUUACCUGUCUUCCUCAGCAUUUCAGCUUUUUAUUUGCAACAGUUGGUUGCCCAACUGGCAUUUGGAGCCUGAUAGAGAACAGACUUUACACCUGUGAAAUGAUAACAUUCACCCAGCAUCUAAAAAUCUAAGAGAAAAAACGUAAUCUCAGUAGGUUUUCUGGUGGACAUUGAGCUCUCACUUUAGCCUGGAAAUUUUCUGCUGUAGUGUGAAAAAAUCUAAGUUCCACCCUUGCAGAGCAGUCUGGCAUACAGACACACAUGUCAGGUGUUUGUGGGGCUGUAACUGAGUAGAAAUACAGGCUGCAAUAUUGACGACUGUUGCUUCUUAUACUCCAAUGGGCUUUAUUCCUGACUACACGUCCCUGGUCUCUUUGGCUUCAUGUAAUGUGUGGAAGCACAGGGUUUAUCACGGGUAGCAAGGACAUCCAGUUGAAACUUUUUUUUAAAUUUUGCCAUUUGUCCAGUAUUCUCAUCCUACCUAGAUAUUUUAGAAAAUGAAGAAGGAAACAGAAGCCCCAGUGGUGGUAUUACCUUUACAGUUCCAGGGGUUAGAGUCACUCCCCAGGAACACCACGCUUGGGGUGUCUCUGCUUUUCUGCCUCUGCCUCCCCUUGUCCACAAGCCACCCUCUUACCCACUUUUUCCAUGUCCUCAGUGUGCACUCAUCUUUGCAGUAAAGAUGAUUUCUUACUUCACCGAGGUAUUGUGAGUCUUAGCUAGUAGUUGGAAAAACUUGUUCAGAUCUUUAAUCAAGCAGUUUUGUGUGUCCUUAGUAUCAGUGGCCUGCCAUAUGGAUAUCAAAGAAAAUUGUUAUAAUUAUUGCUUUUUAAAUGAUUAUGAAAUUGUGCCUUACUUUUUCAGUCAUAUUUAACCGUGUAAUUUAGAACCACAUGAUUGCAGGGAUUUACCAUGAAGAAAUAUAUUUGAAGGAUAGUUUGUUUUUUAAAUAUUUUUUUUCCUCAAAAAUGAUUUUAUUAGCUUUUCCUCUUUAUUUUUUCCUCCAGUUAUAUUGUUUUAAUAUGUUUGUGUAAAAGGGCAGCCAGAAUUUGCAUUCGUGAGAGACAGAAGAUUUUAUUUGGUGUUGUAUGUAAAGCUUUCAUUUUCUUUUAUGUUCCUUCAGGAAAAUUCCUCUCUCCCCAAUUACUCAUACUGAGAUGUCUUUAAAUGCAGGCUGACCAGUAAGAGUUUUUUGUUGUUGUUGUUUAAUUUAGUGUGUGGUUUGCUUUGUGGUUGUGGUUUUUCUUUUAAUUAACCAGAUAUCGGCUGCUGGGGAGGCAUUGCACAUUAAUGCAGAACGUUAAUGCUAAUUUUCACAGAAAAGACAAAAUUAGAGUCUUUCCCUGUCUCCAGUGCAGUUUGGUUACUGCUCUGUGUACAACACUAAUAUUAAGCCAGACUGUAAAGGCUAAAUACUCAGAGUGACCUACUUCCAUUCACCAGCAAGAAUCCUUUGUCAGCUGACUCCUGUUUGUUUGUUCAUUUUUAAAUGUCGGAUUACAGAACUAGCAUCUCCUAAAGAUGAAAGAAAACAGUGUUUUCAUGUGCAGGAAAUUUGGGGUUGCAGUAACAGAACAUUUUCUUUGUGAAUUUGGAUGUCAUGGUGUUUUAAGCUCCUGCCUGGAGCCUAAAUCAAUUUGGCCUCUCAUCCAGUUCAUCUAACUGGUGCUCCUAAAAGGCUGCAGCCCUGCAAAAGCUCAUGCAGCAUUUUUGGCUGCCUUCCCUUGCUCCCAUUUGGUACAUAUUUGCACAAUUUAACUGAGCUUUUCUUUCUGCUGAAGGUCAGAUGCAAGCGAUACGAAACACUAAACUUUAUAAACAAGCAAAACCAUUUCAACCACAGCAUUUUGGACUAGAAUGGAUUUUUAGGUGGCGCACUGUCUGCUGGCCUUGGGAGAGGGGAUCCUGAGACUGCAUUGGACUGGAACAGGAUGCAAAGCCACAAGCCUUGUUUUUUUUAAUAAACUACUUACUGUAAUCCAGCUACACAGUUUCAGCCUCACACUUCAGAAGAAGCUUCCAAUGGCUAUGCACGUACAGGCACUUUCUCUCUUGCAGAAAGUGAAACUUUCCCAACCAGAGUAGAUUUAACCUAUUGCAUAAGAUGCUGGAAGUUGGUUGUUUUUUUAUUUUCCUUGGGAUUCUCACUGUAACCUCUGUGUGCAGAGGAUGAAUAGCUUUUCUUUUUCCUCCUCUUUUUCUUUUCCUGACAAGAUUAGAUGUUGCAUAUUGAUGAGCUAGCAUUUCAAAGGUCCGUGGGGCUUUAGAACAUAUUAAGAAUCUCUGAAGUUUAAUAUUCACCAUGUUUUAAAUAUUCAAAAGGAAAAAUCUGCAUAAAAUAGCUUUUGAUAAAUACAUUCUAGGGAUUCUUUCUUUCUAUCUUACACAAGCAUUGUGGGGAUUGUGGCUGUGCCAGUUUUGUUCCAAAGUGUCUUUUGUUUCAGCAUUUCAGGAUCAUUUUGGUCCCAUUUGUAUGCCCAGUACCAGUCCUGAAAUCUGUUAUGGUUCCUACUGAGACUGUACAGCAGGCACGUGGCUGUGACCAAGAAAAAGGCUCAGCUGAGCAUUGGAACUCCUGAAUAUCUGUUUGGGGGCUUCCUCCUUAUGACAGCUGGGCACAUCCAGCCCUUUUCUGUGCCUGCUUCUUGAGAUGGGGUUGGGAUCAAUCCAGUGGUCAGGCCCACUUUGAGAUCUUUCUGCAAAGGUGCUCUAUACCAGUGGGGUUCUGAGACUGGAAAAUACCUUGGGUGCAAGAGCAAAGCAAAGUGUCAUUUGAUGCAUCUCAGAUCUCACAGGGCAGUCUCCCCUUCCUUGGAAGUCUCUUUGGUGAGAAUCUCAGCAGUAAAAAAAGUGCCUUUAGGAGAAAUCCUCCCCUAGGGAUGCUCCAUUUCUCAUGCUCUUGAAAAUCUGAUUUGAGCUUUAGCUGAGGAGGAUCAAUUGCUGGCUGUAAAGGCACAGCUGUUUUGCUGUAAUAGCAACACGUGUCCUUAGCCUCCACGUCCUGUGGUACGUCCCAGGGUGUUGCAGGACAGCACUUCGGUCCCUCCUGCACCCAGCCUGGACUGUCACACCAGUCCCUGCUGAAUCAGUGCCUGGUAUUUGUUCUCAGGACCGCUCUGGCCCGGGCCAAGGGCACCUCAUGCCUCUAUGCAAAAGGUGGUGCUUUCAGGUUUUACUUUACAAAUAAUGCAGCUCUUUCAAACUCACCUUUCUUCUCUCACAUAUUCUUGACAGAAGUAGGAUUUUAAAUAUUUAAUAGCAUCCUUCUUUCUUCUUCCUUUUUGCCAGAUGCCUUGAAAACAUUGUCAGAUUACGAUCUGGGGGGGAUCAGGAUCAGUUUCCUUUCCUUCUUGAUUGCAUGGUGUAGGUUUGCAAUGAGGGUUUUGUCCUUUUUUCUUUUUUCUUUUAUUUUCUUAGUCUUACAGAACACAUGCCUUCAUUUUAUGCAGAGAAGGAUUGUCUAUGAUUAGAGCUAAUCCAGGAUGGCAGGAUUGGACCCCCACAGCGAAAGCUAGAAAAGUGAUUGCAAAAGUAUUCUGUUUCUCCUUUAUUAAUUGCACAGGAAGUUUCCACCAAAGGCUCAUGUAGCCCAACUGGCCUAUGUAAUAAGUAGCAGGGCCUGUAAUUACAGUCUGUCUUCUGAUCCUAUCUGUGCUCUGACUUUCUAGGCACUGAAGUUCUAUUUACAUCUGGCUCUUUGUCACCUUUUUAAAUUUUUGAUUGGUCACUAAGGGAAGGAGAGCACGAGCCAUGAGCCCUGCGAGGUGCAGUGAGUAUGAACGAGGGAGUCCUCCUCCCUCUCAGGUAUCUGCCUGACUUGGGACACAGAGCAGAGCACGAUGAGCGGGAGGAUUUUAGCAGCCAUGCAGCAGAGGAAGUGGGCUGCCUGCCAACGGUAUCUUUCAAGACCUCUGAGUUCUUUAUAGCACUGGGAAUUUGAACCUUUUACAGGUCUUAACUAGUGUACUCUCCUGUGAGAUAUUUCAUCAGCAUUUCUUUGCUCAGAGCUAUUCCUACAGGAUUUGACCUUUUUUCUCUGUAAGAUUCAAGGUUUUAUGGUUGCAAAGAGAUCCUUCCCCAUAUGGCAUGAGGAGGGAGAUGGCUUUUGGCAUCGUGCAGAGAAGCUGUGUUACAAAUCCUGGUAUCAAUGUGGAAAGCUAGAGUAACUUGAGUGGGAGGGGAAAGGCAGUGAUUUACACAUGGUUCAGUACGAGGUUCACCAGCGAGCACAGCCUCAAGCAGAUGAGCUCCCCGAGGUGUCAGUUCUGAGACCUGCAGGAUAAUAAUGGGCUGCUUGUGGGAGUGUUUGGUGCUGGACACUUUGGGAGUAAUCUCUUGUCUCUUUGGAAACAUGCACUAAACUUUGUGCAAAGCUACAGAAUGGUGUCCCCCAGACCUCUUCCUCAAGGCAGACUCCGGUGCUAUGUUUGAUCAAGAGGAAUGAAAGCCAUUAGGCAAAUACUGUACUCUGCAAAAAAAAAAAA